UCGUAUCCGCUGACCCUCGCUAGUGAAGUGGCGCCGAAGCCAGUGUGAUCUGCACGACCGGCCCGUGUCGACCAUCGACUUCAGCCUGUUGGCCUACUCACACUCAGCUAGCACUGUUUGCCGUCAUAUUUGCGUGACUGCAAAGCAAUAAAUACGACUGGAAGUGUGCGCAAGAGCUGUCAGCUGUCGAACGCACCAGCCUACUGUUGCAGCCUCUGCUUGCGACUACUGCAACUCAAGACUCCGCAUACUCCACUGCCAGCCAACAGCAGCUAGUACAGCUGGCCAGUACCAAUACUUUAUUCGUCGAGCUUUCCUCUCCACCACAGCAUCGGCUGUCGACCACUACAACUGAAAACAAUAAGAACAACCGCAAGUGUCACUCAGUGUGGACAUUUCGACAAUCGAUAUUCUACUUCCUGCUGCUCGACCAUCGACUUCAGCCUGUUGGUCUACUCACACUCAGCUCGCACUGUUUGCACUCACAACUGCGUGAUUGUAAAGCACUAAAUACGACAGGAAGUGUGUGCAAGGUCCGUCAGUUGUCGAACGCACCAGCCUGCUGUUGCAGACUCUGAUUUCGACUACUACAGCUCAAGACUCUGCAUGCACCACUGCUAGCCAACUACAGCUAGUACAACGGCCAGUGCCAAUACUUUAUUCGUCGAGCCUUCCUCUCCACCACAGUAUCGGCUGAAAACAACACGACAACCACAAGUGUCGCUCAGUGUGGACAUUUCGACAAUCGAUCUUCUUCCUGCUGGUGCGACGUCGAUAGUCGACGAUAACAUCUCGACGAACACGUUUAAAAUAGCAGUAUUUACAACGGUAUCAUCGAGAUAUGCCCAACUUCAACCAUCGCCUACCACUGUCAAUUCGUCGACGCAAUCAAGAAUACCGUUCUGUAUCUGUGGAUUAUACCACGGUAUUGUAGCAUCGACUGUGGACCACUAAACCUCGAAACACUAAGAACAACGCAGGAGCCUAAUCCAGUGUCACCACUAUGACCAUUUUUCCAUCUCGACACUGUAGCAUCGACAGUCGACAAAUGCAGCUCUAAUUUGUGAAAUCCUCGUUAUUCCAUUUAUAGCUCAUUCUUUAAAAAGAGUCCAGAUUCAGACAUCGUAUAUUGCCCCAGUACAUGUGACCAUGCAAGUCAAGAUUUCCCCAUCCUUCCGACUUCGGCGCAAGACGGUGACGAGUGAUUCCUAAAGUUGUGAGACAAGUCGUGCACAAAUCUGCUGCUCUGUACUUUAUGUAAAAUUUCUUCGGUGUAAUACAGCCUAAAAUUUCGAUUUUGUGACGUAUGAAAGUGGGUGACGACAGUCAUUACUAUACAGUGAAAGACAUUCAUCAUAGAAAAGAGCUCAUCUUUGCGACGGAUUCUCCACAGCCCCACUAGCGCCUCAGCGACCAAUUUUCCACGAUUCCGCUGCAGGACAUUCUGACUCUAUUAGCGGAAGACCUCAUGCUUGUACUUGUAGUCCCAAGAUAAGAAACCGUGUGGCGUGUUCAGACACUAUCUCGACAGCCUGUGCAAGUGCCUCAACAUCGGAAAUUUGCUACCUGGAUGGAAUGGAACCUGUUUCACUGACAAUUGAGUUGUUUACUAUCAUCGUGCAGUUGCUCUGUGUACUGUUCAGGUUACAUUGUGCACGUAUGUGACCUGGUGGCUGCUUCUAUUCCGUUGACAGUGUGUUUACGUUAGGUUUAUAACCUGCAACAAAAGAAAUAUUUACGUUUUAGGUACUGUUUGACUGAAGUUUUACGCUAUUUAUCCCGGCGUCUUGCUAAGCCGUUAACGCCGUUUCUUCUGCGUUUACUGUGCUGACCCUUGGUGUGUUUCUACGAGGAGAACGGACGCUACAGUAAGACGAUCCAGGCACGAGAUGUUGGGAAGUGAAAUCACCAUCUAAACAUAAGGCACUGUUUUGAACACAGCCCCGCUAUCGCGUUGACAGCAUCUCCGCCGGCUUAUCUCGCGCUUGCCCGUGACCUUGAACCCGUUCCGUCGUCGCAGCCGGAUCGCCGAUAGCCCGAUUUCCCUCUCGGCGAGCUCAGAUAACGGACCCGCGUCGCGCGCUGCGCCGAGGUUGUGUUUGCGCCGCGGGGGCGUCGGUUACUUCGCAGCUGCGUGGGAGGCAGAAAAACGGCCGCUUGAGUGGCGUGUGACGCACUGCUAAUAACACGACCCGUCCUAACGACGCGACAGCAGCCAGUUAUUUCCAGCGUCGCGUCUUCUGGAAUCUUCAGAGCAUUUAUGAACGUCAGCUGGUGCCGACUUCAUCCCGAGCUAACGAGGAUACAUUUCUCGAGAACUUAUUUACCUCUCGUGUGGUUCGGUCGUUGAAAGAAGACGACAGCUGUCGCAGCUUGUGUAAGCACCAAGUGGGCCAGUAAUCGGCGAAAUAGUGACCGGGGCUGGCGAUUGAGCAGUGAUUCACUGGACGCCGACGUGCCGAGCAGUGAAAUGUUAUCUGCAGUGAAGAAGUGCCUUCCUGGUGCUGGCUGACGAAUUCCGACGAGCGACGUGCAACGUGCAACAUCGGCGAUGCUGAUAACGCAGUACACAGCGCUGUUGCUUCAGUCUUCGCGAAGACUAGCCGGCGACGCCGAAUCAGGGGCCGGCGACGCAGCGAGCAAUGGCCUGCUGGAGGAGUACCUGCCCGAGCGGCCGUCCAGGGCGGCGGCUCCAGGCGUGGGUCAGCUCCAGCUCCAGCAGGCUGCGCAGGGGGCGGCGCCGCCCACGCAGCUGGGGGCGGCGGGGGGCGGCAGGGGCGGCGACGGACACGCCGCCACCAGCAGCGCCGGUUCUCUCGACAGGGAGUCGGCGUCGGGCUCGUCGUGCGAGGGCUCCGUGUCGCACGAGCUGGACGAGACGGACGAGUGCGACGGCGAGGCGGACGAGGAGGCGGCGGCGUGCGACAUCGGGCUGGUGGAGCGCCUCAUCCGCACGCACCCCGUCUGGUUCCUGCCCGGCAUCCAGCGCGCCGGCGCCUUCCACCUGCUGCAGGGCAAGGAGGAGGGGAACUUCGUGGUGCGGCAGUCGAGCCAGCCUGACACGAUGGCGAUCUCCGUGCGGCUGCCGGCGGGCAAGGGUCCUUACAUCGAGCACUACCUGGUGCAGGCGCACGGCGGCCGGCUCGGGCUCGAGAGCUCCGACAACCGCUUCGAUAACAUCCCGUCGCUCGUGGCACACUACUCACAGUGCUGUGACGAGCUCCCUGUGCAGCUGACAUUACCUCGCGCUCUGAGGGAGGCACGGAACAGGCAGCAGCUUUCUUCCCUGGCAUUGCUUGGGCAGGAGUUCUGGCGGUACCCGAUGGCAAACCCCCGCCCUCCCGAAGUUUCCCUGCACCAGCAGCAGCAUCCUCAGCAGCAACAUCCUCAGCAGCAGCAACAACAACAGACGGUGGUCGGCACACUGGAGAGCGUGCAGAGGAUGCAGACCAACACCGUCGUCAGCGUCGGCACUGGCACGGCCGACCAGACGUCGCCGAGCAGCGCGAGUGCCAGCUCCCUCAGCAGCUUCGGGAGCGGGAGCCGGCAGAACAGCAGCUGCGGAGGCACGCCGACAUCGGACGUCCUGGGACCCUGUGAGUCGAGGCCCGUCGUGCUUGAGUUGGCACCGCUGUCGCCCUCCCCCUCCAGUGUGGGUGACGGCCAGUCACACCACACUCUCUCCACCUUCAAGGGGGCAUCGGUGUCCACUGACAGUGGCAGCCCCACGAGUACUAGCCCUCCAGUAGCCACAGCCCCGCCGCCCCGAACAACCAGGCCUACCCCACCAAACACCCUGAAUCUCGUCUGUGCUGCAGCUCCAGCUGCACCUAUUGGCCCUCCUGCUGUGAUUAGCCCAGGCACAGCCACAACGGGAGGCAAGACCCCACCUCCACCGCCUCCUCGAUGGGCCAAACCGUCGGUCUCGGUUACCAACAACUUCACCGUAACGACAACCGUCACAUUUAGCGUGAACCAGAACUCGACGACACCCCCGGCGCACGUCGAAGUGUCCUGUGUGCAGGUGACACCGAAGAGACCUCUGUCGGACAGCCAGAGUCCCCCGCCGGGACCGGUGUCUUCCCCGCUGUCCCCAGUGAACUCCCCGACGUCGACGACCCCACUGAUGGAGCAGCAACAGAAGGGAACGAGGGCCGGCACAAAGAAAGGAGGCACCAGGUCCCACCACUCCCGACAGCUGUCCCUGAAGGAGUCCCACCACUACCAGGAAUCGGACAUUCUGGAGUCGCCAACUGUGUACUACCGCAGUUCCGUAGCGGACAAAGCGAGUGACUACGAGGACAUCUGGGGCCCCGGCUCGAGCUCGGGGCAAGGAGAGGGCGUGCUGUCCACGUUCCGGCCGGCAGGCCCUGCGUCGUCGCCCUUCUCUUCCCCGGAGGGUGGCCCCCCUCCGGACCUGCUGGAGCGGCUCGCACCCCUGACCUCGCCCGUGGGUCUGGCACCUUCGCUGUCCAAGUCUCGGCUGCCCCCACUCGUCACCAACACCGGUGCGGCCCAGCCGCAAGUGCCAUCUCCGGCGCAAUCACCUUCGACUCCGGCAGAUGACAAUCCUCCUCCACCGAAGCAGGGGAGCCCUUUCUAUGCGGAGCCGGCUGACGCAGUGAAGUCAUCACCCCUGGCAGCAUUCGGGCUGCAGCGGCGUGUCCCUCAACGCCACGGGCCGGUUCCUGCCACCCACCGACACUCCGACCCCGCACCACUGGUGUCCGCCGCGGCGACGAGGGGUGCCGGCUCUGCAGCCCCUCGGCAGCUGCAGAGGAUCGACUCCAGCGAGGAGCUGGCACUGUCUGCGGACGACGUGCGUCGGCCCUGGGCACGUCGUCGGCAGGGGCCAGUUGCGGGGGUGGAGAGAGGUGGUCGGGGACGGAGGGCGGCCAAGAGGACGGUUGCACCUGCUUCAGCCUGGGCACUCGACUCCUCCUGGGAGUUCAUAGUGAACGAUGACGAUGGAGAGGAAGGUCUGUCUGGGGGUGAGAGCGAAGCCGACGACGAGGAGUGUACGGAAGAGCCGUCGAUUACCGGAGACGAUCGCGAGAGGAGGUUUCCGUCGCUGGAGCAGCAGGAGAACACUCUGGAGGAGGACAGUUCGGUGACACCGUGCACCGUCCACGACCUCAUCAUCCAGAGGUUCCCCAGCCUGCGGCUGUCCCCGGACCCGCUGUCAACUCCCGGAGGCUCCGCACCCCCCUCGGGUUCCCCACCUCCUGCCGGUGGCCCUCGAGGGGGCACCCUCGCGGACGGAACCUGCUCCAGGGUCUCGUCGUAUGACAAUGUCGAGAACGGCCACCGCUCACACACCCCCGACAGGGAAAUUGAGCGCAGCAGAUCAUCGCACCAGCAAGAUGAGGAUACACUGACGGAAUUCUCCGAGCCGUGGGACAGCUCUCGCUGGGAAAGUCUACUGGGUCCGACGGUGGCGACAGGUCAGGGGAAUGGCAACAGCAACAGCAACAGCAAUGGAAUGAACGUGCACACCUCAGACCGCAAAGAAAACGGGGGAAGCAUUGCGCCGACGCCUCAGGACGUCACCAGUGUUACACCACCUCAGCCGGUCCUGGGAACGGAGCCCCUACUCUCACCCCCGCGGCUGCACACGCUGCGCAGUGCACGUGCUCUCUCCGAGGGGGGCUGCGGCAGCGGUGGGGGGGCAGCGAUUCGGGCCUACGCCCUGCACCUCGCCGCCGACCGCUCCACCACAUUUGCCCAGAACGUCGACAACUUCAUCGCUUGCACACGCGAGUCUCGCGAGACCAGUCCGCAGGUCGUGAUGCGCAACAUGCGGCAGUUCAUGUCCGGCAUGAAGAACUACCUGGUGAAGCACGGGGAGCGGGAAUUUGAGAAGGAAGUCGAGAAAGAGAGGGUCAAGCUCCGUGCUAACGAGUUCCUGAACCUGGACGCCAUCCUGGAGGGCGUGAUGCAGAGGCUAGUGGUACGGCCACUGCGCGACCACGUCUACCGGCUGUUCGUCGACGACUACGGACGGCGCGGGGAGGUCCGGAGGCUGGCGUCGGCCAUAAUGUCUGCGCGCUCGUGUUCCCUGCGUGAGCUGGGAGUUCGUGCCGGGGUGCGACCGCCCACAGCUGCGGGUCUGGCCACCGUGACUGCCCACCUCUCCCGCCUGCAGUCGAGGGACCUGCCUCUCGACAAGCUGGCGGCACUGCUGGAUGCUGUUGCUUCCAUAUUUACCUCGGUGAAAGCAGCAAAUGCUGGUCGUUCAGUUAUGCUCACUGCAGACGAUUUCCUGCCGCUGCUCGUCUGGGUCCUGGUGCAGGCGGGAAUGGUGGCGGCUGAGAUCGAAGCGGACCUGAUGUGGGGCCUGCUGCAGCCGUCGCUGCUGUCCGGGGAAGCGGGCUACUACCUGACGGCGCUCAGCUCGGCUGUUCACGUGCUCAAGAGCUUCCGCCGCUCCCCACCAUCUGCUGCCGGUUGCCCUCAGAGCGGCAUAGCUCCAGAGGUGGAACUGCAGUCAGUGCUGAAGGUGGUGGUUCCUGACGAAGUGCACGGAUCCAUAAUCACCAAGACACUACCCGUGCGACCCCACAUGACGACCAGGGAAGUCUGCAAGAUCAUCGCACACAAAGUGCGCAUCACAAAUCCGCAGGAUUAUGGCCUCUUCAAGUUAGUGGAUGGUGAAGAGACAUUGCUGGCAGACAGUGAAUGCCCUCAGGAUGUGCGUGGCAACGUCACUAGUGCCGGGAAGCACUGUAUGUUUGCGUACAAACGAAUAGACGCCAAGAUUGCGUGGCCUCGAACAUCGUGACAGGUGUCACAGACCCCGUAUAGUGUGAAAGACUGAAGGCGAGGUGUAACUGUCUGUAUUUAUUUAAGCACUGCCUGUCAGUCCCUGAACAUAGCAUAAUUAAGUUAGCUGCAGAUUGAAGGACUUGAGACACUUGCUGCUGGCCACGCGUGUAUGUUGUUGGAAAUAUUUGUGUGACAAAAUGUUUACUUACGAAGUACCUACGUGUCACUGCAAGUGGUAGUGUGGAGAGUUUCAAACAGAAAACGCAGAUAAUUGUGAUUUUUUUCUGUUGGGUACCCUGUCAGAAAUCUGCUGUGUGACGAGUUGGGGUUUGGUGGUCUUAAAUUUUGAGGUAAUGCUCUUAUUGUUUCAUGCAUUACAAAGAAAAGUCUGAAGAAGCACUACAUCAAGCAGCACAAGGCAUGUGACUAACUCAUGUUUUCACAUGUCUGGACUCUGAAGCUGUCAGUGAUUUAUAAUUUACAGCAAACUUCGUAGUUUUUGAAAAGCUGGAAUUUUGCUAAUUUCUCCAAUUUCAAGUCUCGAAGUUAGUGUAUUAACUGUGAUAUUUAUUUACUUUAGAGGGAGAAUAUAUUGUGGUAGUUUCUCUUGGCACUGAAUUAAAGUUGCUACUUAAGGCAUGAGCUAUUUUUGCUUUGUAUAUGCAGUCUUUAUUUCAUCGGAUUUUCUUAUUUUCUUCUCAGUUGAAAAUGUUUGUUGUUAUAUUGUAUGCCUUCUAUUAAUUAUUCAGGUGAUGAAAGUUACUAAGAAAAGUAGGAGGGAGGAAAGAAGAGUGUUUGGCGGACAUAAAAAUCGGUAUUUACUGUAGUCGAAUCCUUUUUGAGUUUUCCUUGUCACAAAAUGUUGGUAAUUUCCAAAUUGGUGAGAUUUUCUGGUGCUUAGCUACUGAUAUUACGCAAACUCAUUGUGCAAUGCAUGGCUUGCAUCACAGAGGUGAAAUGAAUGUCAAAUACCUAUCAACUGAAAAUGAAAAUGUCUGCUUUAACAAUGGCAUACAGAAUUAACGAAAUAAUGUUGCAUGGCAUCAUACUGAAUCAACUAGCUUCUUCCAACUAUUUGGACAGAAUCAAUCAAAACAAGGCUGACAGGUUUUUCUGUAAUUAUUCCAGUUUCAAUUGUUGAUAAAUAACUGCCCAUUCGGUAUAAAGUAGUGUAAUGAUGCAUAUUCAUAAAUCAUAUGCAGAAAUGUCUUACACUGAAUAUUUCAGUACCUGAUGAUAAUUUUGUAAUGUGAUCUGAUAGCAUAUAUUAUAUUUGUUGAAGAAGCUGUAAUUACUCCAACAUAUAUGUGCCCUGAACUUCCCCUCUGUUAACUGUUCAGCAUGAGCACAAUAUUUAUGUUUGUUUUCGUUUGCUGAUUAGUUAGAUACAGCCAUGCUUUUACUUCAGAUGUCGGCGAUUGGGAUUGUUACUCAACUACAUUCUAAUUAUGUGAAUUGAUGACAAUGUGCUCUGUCGCAUAUUGUGCGACCCGUGUUCAGUAUUAACAAAAGAACUUAAAUGAUUUUUAUUGACACUGCAUCAUAUGACCUGUAUAUAGCUCAUGUAAGAUGUGUAAUUUGAGACUGUGAUUGAAAUUUUCCUCUUGCCUUGUAUGUACUAGACAUCUUUUAUAAAGUUUUAUUUUUGAAAACUUCGUUAAAAGAUGUAUUUUCUAGUAUGUGGGUCACAAAUUAUCAGCACCCUUAUUUUCUAUUAUCACAUCUCCUCCCAUUCUAAGCGCUUCAUUAGUCAGUCAGUUCUGUUAUACUUUGCAGCAUAUAAGUAGAAUAGUCUUCUGAUCAUCAUCUUACAUUGGAUGAUGAUAAUAGAUAAGGCAACAACCAAAUUCAGAUAAUAAAACUGAACAAAUAUGUACUCACUUUAUGUCUCUGUAACACUAUUACUUCUGUGCUGUGGACUCAUGGGACUCUUAAAGACACUUGUAAUUAAUCUUGCCAAGUCUCAUAUACGUAUUUAUACACUUAUUGUACUACCGUCAAAAAUAAAACAAAAACAAUAUUGUUCACCAUUCGUGUAGUGCUAACAGUCUCCCUGAUGUAAUUGGGGUGCAGUUGAACCAGUAAGCAAUAGAUCAGUAAUAUCAACAUCUCAAAAGAAGGAAAAGAAAAACUGUGUCAUCUCUACUUAAAAGAUAUAAACAAUAACUUGUGUAUCACAUUGGCAGUUGUUCAGAAUUCAAGCAGGGAGCAUAGUAAUGUCUCCAAAAAUAUUGUGCUGAAAUUGUUGAUGCCAAGCAUUCACAAAGACACUUUAUAAUAGCCUGCAGUCUCUUGGAGGCAGUUGCAACAUGACACUCAGAAUGGUGAAUAAAUUCUGUCUUAUAUUGUUGUUAAGAUUGCAUUGUACUGUUUGUCUUUAUUUUUUUACUAAUAUACUAGUCAUUAUAAAAGAGAUACAAAGAAAACAUUCAAUAACAUAUUAAAAAAUGUUUUUUGUAUCCACAAUGUGUAAGAAACUUGUAUAUUUUCUCUUCCAAGAUGUACAUUUUCUCAACAUCUCUUUCGUACAUAACCAUGUGAAAAUGUAGCUUUGUCCUUAGGGUUACAUAUAUAUAUUACUUUUAAUACAUGCUUACUUCUCUUUUGUACUGUGAAUAUGUCUUUCAUUCACCUUAUUCCUGCAGUAUAAUCUGCAAUCUAACAAAAUGUCGUAUACCCACUGUUUUAUCUGCAUCAGACAGUGUCCUCAAAAGUAACUGUCAUCUCUACGAGAUGCUGAUCAUCCGAGUACUGCCUGAUGAAGAUGACUUGGUGUGAAUCA